CAAAAUUCUUAAAAAGAAAGAAAAUCACGCAGAACAAAUAUUCGAAUCGAAUCUUUUUCUUUCCCACUGUAUAUCAACAGACAGAUGGCAGCACAGCAUCGAAUUUACACGUGAUUUUAUUUUUUUUGGUUAGGUUUUAGCGAAUCUGAUGACCAAACCAGACCCGAAAAAAACAAACAAUGGAUACAGCUAAACGCCUAGCCUAUUUACAACAAUUACAAAAUCUUUUAAUCCAACAACAAUCAUCAUCAUCAUCAAUGAAUUCGAAUCAAAAUGAUUCAAUGAUCAGAUUGAAUUCAUUUUAUGGCUAUCUGGGUAAAGAAAUUUCUAUGAAACAUAACCUACAAAUCCUAAAUUGUGAUCCAUUAAAAUUAUAUCGUUGUAAACGUUGUUAUUGUCAAUAUAAUUUUCAAUCAAUUAUACGGAAAAAUUUGUUACAAAUAAAAACCGAAUCAAAACAACGUUCGAUUUGUUUUCAAUGUCCCGAAUGUUCAUUUAAACGUAAGAUAAUUUUUCGUCAAUUGGCUAAAACAAAAUUGGAAAAAUAUUUGCAACAACUACAACAACAGCAGCAAUCAAAUGAUAAAAAAUGAUUAACGCUUUUUUUGUAAAUAAAAAAAAAUG